AUAAGAAGGGAAGUCAUAAAUCGUACCGUGUCUUGCAAAAUCCACUGAAGUGUUUGCAAUCUCUCUAAUGGCGACCACUGCCCCAUCUAUCAGAUGCACAGUGCCCAUUACUACGGCACUAUCCUCAUCGAAACCCUUCUCUGGUACCCUUCACGGGGGCUUUAGACUGCGGCCUCCGACCUUAGGAAUCCUCUCCUUUUUUGAAAAAACCCGGCGGAAUUCACCGGGUUCUGGCAUUUGCUUACCAAAGGUCGUCGGAGAAACCUUGGUUCACGCGGGCACUCUUGCCCUGCUCACUGCUUCACUUUCCUUGGUCGAUCCAGCCCUUGCCUUUAAGGGGGGUGGACCGUAUGGAGCGGGGGUGACGAGGGGACAAGACCUCACUGGAAAGGAUUUCAGCGGCCGGAGUCUCGUAAAGCAGGAUUUUAAAACUUCGAUCUUACGGCAGGCCAAUUUCAGGGGAGCUAAAUUACUGGGUGCCAGCUUCUUUGAUGCUGAUUUAACUGGUGCUGAUCUUUCUGACGCUGAUCUUAGAGGUGCAGAUUUAUCCUUGGCAAAUUUUACUAAGGCAAAUCUAAGUAAUGCAAACCUUGAAGGUGCACUUGCUACUGGAAAUACGUCUUUUAAAGGAUCAAACAUUAAAGGAGCAGGUAUGCUAUUGAUUUAUAUGUUGUCAUGUUUAUCAUUCCUUGAUUUCUUCCGUGAUAUUAAAUUAUUGUUACUAAUGAGCUAA